AUGAGCGACGGCAAGGACUCCCUCGACCUCUCCGCCCUCGGCGCCGCCAUCCCCAACUCGGCCGAGCUCAGCGCGGAGGACAAGGCCCACCUUGUGGCGUCGAUCAAGAACACGCUCGAGGGAUUGGCGUCGCGGCAUACCGACGUGCUCGAGAACCUCGAGCCCAAGGUCAGGAAGCGCGUCGAGAAGCUCAGGGAGAUCCAGGGCCAACACAAUGAACUUGAGGCAAAGUUUUUCGAGGAGAGAGCAGCUCUAGAAGCCAAGUAUCAGAAGUUGUAUGAACCACUUUACUCAAAGCGUUACGAAAUUGUCAAUGGUGUGGUUGAGGUUGAGGGUGUCACAGAAGAAAGUGCAGUUGAAACCCCUGCAGAGCAAAAGAGUGGAGAUGAGACCUCUGCUGAGCAAAAAGAAGAAAAAGGUGUACCAGCUUUCUGGCUUAAUGCAAUGAAGAAUCAUGAAAUUCUAGCUGAGGAGAUCCAGGAGAGGGAUGAGGAAGCUCUCAAGUACCUCAAGGACAUCAAGUGGUACAGGAUCAGCGAGCCAAAGGGCUUUAAGCUUGAAUUUCACUUUGAUACAAAUCCGUUCUUCAAGAAUUCAGUGCUUACAAAAACAUAUCACAUGAUUGAUGAGGAUGAACCAAUUCUGGAGAAAGCCAUUGGUACUGAAAUUGAAUGGUACCCUGGGAAGUGUUUGACACAAAAGGUGCUAAAAAAGAAGCCACGGAAGGGGUCAAAGAACACUAAACCUAUCACAAAAACUGAAGAUUGUGAGAGCUUCUUCAACUUCUUCAGUCCACCUCAAGUCCCUGAUGAUGAUGAGGAAAUUGAUGAGGAUACAGCUGAACAGUUGCAGAACCAAAUGGAGCAAGAUUAUGAUAUUGGAAGACCAAGGGAACAGCUGGAGGGGAAGGGCAGCAAGGCGAACGACCUGCAGAGUGCAAGCAGCAGUAAGGUGCUGCACAUCGAAUAUUGGCAGGCAUUGGUUGUGGAGCAAUUAGGUUCUGCUUGA